GGAACACGUUCCCAGAGUCCCAGUAACUCUUCACAUCACAUCGCUAUUGAACGGGGUGGGAGAAUAUCACCACCGUCGUCGCAGACGAUCAAAACCCUAAAGCGUGUGCACAAAAAACAUGCCGAAAAAGAUGGGUGUGAACAGCAAGGCGGAGGCCGCCAAGGCUCGGAAGAGCUCCACCGAAGCCGAGCGCAAGGAGCGCGAGACUCGCGAGAAGGACGAGCAGUACUGGCGCGAGGCGGAGGGCAGCAAGUCCCGCGCGGCCAAGAAGCGCGAGGAAGAAGCCGAGAAGCGGGCGGAGGCCGCCGCGCGGAAAGCCGAGGCCCGCCGAUUGGCGGAGCUGGAGGAGAAGGAGCUCGAAAAGGCGGCAAAGAAGCCCGAUAAGAAGGUCGGCCGAAUCACGAUCCCGGUUCCUAAGGUGACUGAGGCCGAGCUGAGACGGCGGAAAGAGGAGGAGCAGGCGGCGUUGGAGAAGAAAUCGGAUGAGGUGAAGAAGAAGCAGAGCCGUACGGCCGAGGAGGAGGAGUAUGAGAGGAUGGUGGUGGUAGAGAAUAAGAAUCGGGAUGAUUCGUUUAUUGAGGCUAGGUCGGUGGAGGAGGCGGUUGCGAAGAUGUCCGUGUCGGAGAGCUUGCCGGUGGAUCGGCACCCGGAGAGGAGGCUCAAGGCUUCGUUUAAGGCUUUUGAAGAAGCUGAGCUCCCGAGGCUGAAGGAAGAGAAACCAGGUCUUACUCACAACCAAUACAAGGAUAUGAUAUGGAAGCUUUGGAAGAAAUCUCCGGAUAAUCCUCUAAAUCAGCUUGCUGAGUGAUCGCCUAACAUCCUCAUCAUGCAAUGGGCAUCUGAGUUUUUCUCCUGGGUUUGUUUUGUCGAUUUCAUCAUGUCCACCGAUGUGCAUUUGCAAUUUGAAACGCAUAAAAGGUUUCUGCCCUACUAUAUGUGCAAUGUCCGCUUCUGGAAACAAGAUCUGAAUAAUAUGCAAUCUUUGUUUGAUUAGCCUAAUCAACUCUCUUCGUUCGAUUAGCCUAAUCAACUCCCUGCAUAUUUUCAGAACUUUUGUUCAGAUCGUCUGCUGUAAAAUUGGUAAUUGCUGUUUUAGCAUUUCUGUCUUUUUAUUUUUUGUUAGAAAUCCAAAAUUACCAACCCAGUUUUCUGGGACAUGACAGAAUGGUGGGUGUCUAUCAUAUUUUUAGGUGGUAGUAUCUUGUACUGGAUACAUGCUAGCGAAACAGCCAAAUUAUUGUACCCAUGUACUGAUGGUUUUAAUAUCGUCAUUGGGACCAAGCCUUUAAAGAAGCUCUCUAUCUUUUCUUUUAA